AGUUGCUAGCGACUCAUCGCACUUGUUUGUGCAGGUAUGAUCUGUAUAAAAAUGUAUCAGAUUUGUCUGUGUUGAGAAGAUAGCAACCUGGUUAAAUCAAGAGGGGAAAAUUAGAAAUUUGUACAAUGGCUCUCCAUCUCUCUGAUCUGUACCAUGCCUCGAGCACUGAGAAAGUGCUUGACAUGGAGAAAGACCUGAAACAAGAACUUGAGGAACUUAAACAGGAAAUAGAUGAAAAUGACACUGUCCUUGAAAUGCCAUCAAAAGCUGUCAGUUCUGUACCUUUACCAAAAGAUGUGUCCCACUACAGGGCAGAAAGAAAAAUCAUUGUUGACCGAGCAAUGGAAGUGAGUCAAGCACAGCCACUGGUUGUACAAGCUGAUGUCAUGAAAGAGGAAAUGCUGAAUGCUGAAAGUUUGGAGUACACUUCCGUUAGUUUGCCAAUGUUGAUUCACCAGCAUUUUGUGGACAGAAUUCACCACAUCAUACAAUGCAAAUAUCUUCAUUUACUACGAUGGAAAAGAUUUUGUCAGAACACAGCUGCCAUGGAAACAUUACAUCCUCUGUAUCAGAAGAGAAUGAGUCAUAUUCUGUCUGAAUACAAUGAUUGUGUACAGAGGGCGCAGAGGUUGUCUAUAUCCCGGGAAGCGUACUUGUGUAAGGCAGACUAUGCUCUAUCAGCUAUAGAACUGGAGGACCUGCUCAUCUACCUACGCUGGCUUGUCUGUCACCUUCACUCAACCAAAAGGUUUAACCAGUAUCUCAGGGUGUUACAGUGGACCCAUAUUUUACACAAGAAUGAAAUAGCUCCUCCAGUGAAAGAGGACCCUGACCAGGAGGAAAAUACGAGUGUUGCCAAGAUGGCCUCCAGAUACCAGGACGAUGUAUCAAGCACUUUCCAGCGCCCUAAAUCUGGAGCAUCAAGACCUAGCUCAGCAGUGUCACCGAGGUCACAGACUCCACUACCACAGCCUCCAGCCAUCAAUCCUACACUGCUGUCUACCACGCCACUACCAUCAACCUCUCUAGCCUAUGCUGCAGCUGCUGCUGGUGGAGGUAUAGCUACGGAUGAGGAGAGUCUUGGACUGCCACUCAAUGUUGUAGAUUUCCAAUCCCUGAAACCACACCUUGCCUUCCUACUAAAUGUAUAUGGAAUACAAUUUAACUUAGACGGUAUCAAGAACAGUGCAGAUGAGAUGGAAAUGUUUGCUGCUAUCAACAGAAAGUUUAAGCAGAUUUUUCAGAGGCAGGAGCAUAUGAAAACAUUCAAAACCUAUGACAGAAUUGAGUCAGGUCAGAAGUCCCGGGUACCUGAUCUUGGCCAGGAGAACUGGGGUAUAGAUUCUCCCACCCAUGCACUGAAGCAGGAGUCAAACUGGCUCCCGUAUGUCAAACUGAAGCCAGAACACAACGCUACCCAGGAGAAAGUGUGGACCCAGCUGAGACAGGUCAACAAUACAGAUGAGAUCUUACGAAUGCAGGCACACUUCAUACAUGUGUCUGAUGCUGAGCAUGUACAAGAGAUUCUGCAGGAACAUGCUAGCACAGUAAGGAACCCAAAGACAGGCAAGGCUGCCAGAGUUACAACCAAUCAUGAUGCCAAUAAUAUGAAUACUCUUCAAGUAUGGAGGAAGAUUUACUGUAACACUGAUCUCUAUACUGAUGCGGAUGAUGAUGAUUCAGUAAAGGUUGUUGACUUUGAUGAGAGAGAUAUAGAGAAUGUGAACCUAAACAACAACAAAAGAGCGGGCAGUGCCAGGAAAAGACGAGACAGUUAUGACUACAUUAACACUGUACAGAUGCUUGGUUUAGAUGAAGGAGAACAGAAUCACAAUGAUGCAGCUACUGUACAGGGAGCCUAUCUGUCCUUCCUUCAUCUCCGACAUUUACGUCUCCGAGACCUUCAGAGAUCUUGCUUGAGUAUGUUUAACUACUUUAGAUCCCUAGAGAGAACACUAACAAUAAAUGAUGCAGGUCUUACACAAGAUGAAGCAGAUUUCAAACAGGCUUGUCCACAAAAUCACAGGACAGCUACUGAGACAGAUGGGUCAGUGGGAGGUGGAGGCGGGCUGGCAUCACAUUCUUACCUACAUAAUACACCACUAGACUUCAAGCUGAAUGAGUCUGAGUUUGUUGAGUUUGCUGAUGUAGAUAAUCACGAUGAUUUCUUCACAAUUGACGAUGGUAGAAUCCAUGUACAGGAUCAGAGGGGAUACUACAUUAUGUAUGAUUCUGCUAUCAAAGAUUUGGAGGAAUUAGAGAGGGGUCUGAUGUUGCUUGCCACCCACUUUAUAGAGAAGGAUCGUAAUCUCCGAGGUAUAUCUAGGGUGAACAAGGUGUCAGAGUCAGCUAGACGCAGACAGCAAUCUACAGCUGGUCCAGGAGACUUUGAUAUGACAACCUAUGCUCAUAUGGAGGUGGACAGGUUUGGAGUUAUGAUGGACUUAUGGACUAAUGAGACAGCUUUCAUGGAAUGUAAAAGGGAGUUAAUAGACUGUUACAUGGAGGCCUACCACAAUGUUUUUGACCGAGAUGAGAAGAGAGCCUUAGCACAGGUGAUACUCAACUUGAUGUACCAGAGACCCAGGUUUGACCUGUCUGCGGACUAUUUUAUCAAGAUCUAUCGGGCAGAAAGUGUCAUCAUGAGGCAGCAUAUCAACCUCAUCAAAUCUAUUCUUGAUAAACAGAUAGAAGAUGAACGAGAAUACAACCAGAAAGUGUGUAGAGAUGGGGACAAGCAUGGACUGCCACAUCGUAUUAUACCUAAACAACCUAUAGCUGUAAACCAUAGCAAGUCAGCUUUACGUAAUGUGUUCAUCCUUGAGUUCCAUCCAACACUCGCCAUUGCCAGCAAGGUCCCUCAAGCUGUUACAUUUGCUCUUCAGGAAUUAGUGCAUAUCCACAAACCAGAAUGUAUCCUAGACUCUCUCAUCAUGGAGAAGAAGUUGUAUGAAGUUGCUCUCAGGGAAUGGCAAAGCAUGGAGCCUAUAGGCACUUCAUUCUCUCCACAGAUGCAAAAAGAUCUAUUUUCUGGUGUGUUUGCGGAGGAUCCAUUGUUUAUAUGUGAGAUAGCGGAGAGAUUUGCCACAGAGGAAGAGGGGGACCAACAGGCCAGGGGACAGGUGAAACAGAAAAAUAAACUCAUCAUGAACAAAGUGGGCAGAGUAAUGGAGGCUGUACAUGUGAGACAUAGGUUGAUUGAUGCUGCCUGGGAGACUGAAAUAUUAGCCAAGAUAUACAGACUGCAGGCCCAUGACAUGGGCUUUGAUGAGUUUCACAUGUAUAUGAGGUUUGUUCAGAUGGAGUUUGCAGGGUUCAAGGAGGAUGCUGGAAAACCUCCGCCUACCUUUAUAACAUCGGUACUUGAGGACGAGUCACUUGUUGAUAGAUAUACACCAGGAUUCCUGUACCUUGCUAUCCAUGAACUAGACGAGGCCCAUGUAGGAAGGUUCAGUUUUAGGAGUAGGGAUGGAAUCAUGGAGUUGAUGAGGAUGGGCGGUUUGGAGACACUGCAGGUUGUAUUGAAGACACAGAUUGUACACAAGAAUGCUCUCACAUGUGCUGUACAACAGGCCCACGCCUGUCAACCUGUGAAAGAACAGGAAUACAGCAAGAGUGGUAGAAACAGUCCAACAGAAACCAAGUCGGAGAAGUCUUCUCUCACACAGUUAACUGGGAUGUCAGGUAGCACCGCAGGCACAGCACUUGCCGCCAAACUAGCUGCUGAGUCCGGAGGUGGCAAGAAACGCUCUCCUGAAGCAUUUAUGUCCAUCCAGCUAGAAAAGACCCCAAGCAGAGAUAUAAUGUUGAAUGACUUUAUAACAAAGAAGAAUCAGAUGGGUACAAUAUUGAGAAAUGCUGAUGAAAUGACAAAAUUGAAAAGGACAUUGAUUUCUCAGUUCUGCACUAACUUCAACAGAAGAUUGGCUCAGUUUUCUCUACGAGGACAGCUAUUGACAUAUUAUAACAGUAUACUGGGAUUACUGGAUGAAUUCCCUCAAGUCAGAGACACAUACUUCAUGUUGGGACAGGCCAAUGAGAAGAAGAGUAAUCUGGAUGAUAUGGCAGGCCUGCAGCCCGAUGCUAGGCAAAUGAGGAAGCGUCCUAGGAGAGUACUCUCCCCUGAUGGCAAGCAUGUAUUGAACAUCUGGUUUAUACCCCACCAUACUGAGACCUUGAUCAUGUUUAAGACCCUAGAUGAUGAGCAGUGUAAGAGAGCCCUAUCAUACUGUCUUAUGAUAGUGUCUGCCCUUCAUGAUAUGUUACAGUAUUUGUGCGCUCACUCGAGGCUUGGCAGCUCCCAUGCCAGGUUAGGGUCACAGAAAAUGGAGUUUGUUACUGCUGAUUGGGGAGGAACAGAAGGAGUUGGUGCUGAGCUGAGAGAUAUACAGAAACAGAUAGACAACUUAGCAUUCCCAACAGACCCUGCUAAAGUGUCCGAGUUCAUGAACCUACGUCGUGACGUCAUGUUCCUUGAGUUUGAUACUGCUGUCAGACAUUGUAUGGCAGAUACGUUCUUGUCGACUGGAAAUAUACAGGCUUAUAAGUCUAUAAUAAACAACAUGCACCACUCCUUGCCUGCACUGAGUAACGUCCAACGCCCAUCCUUGUUUUCUAUGUACAUGAAUGUACCAGAGCCUUUAGAAUCAAGAGAUUUAUCUGCCAAGGAGCUUUAUCCAAUCAGGACUUAUCUCGGAAGAAAUGGACCAUUCCCGACUAUGUUCUGGCAAUGGUCAAUGAUAGAGUAUUAUAUACAGAUGUGUUUGGCUGGUCUGAAGGAUGUUGAUAGGCAUGUUGCAAAUGGAGAGAUCCUUGGGGUGACAUUGUUAAUGGAGGAUGUACUACAGACUGGGUUCCAGGAUAUAUCACUGCUCACAGAUCAUGUGAAUGGAGAGGGGGACAAAACCAAGGAACGAAAACCUAGAUCUGCUAGCAUGAAAUCUUCUGAGAAACGUGCAUCAGCCACACUCUCAAGCACAUCAAAACUGCCAAUUCAAAAUGUGAGUCUGUCAAGAACCCAGGAACCAAUCAAAGCUUACAAAUUGCUGAAGUUUUUCUUGUUGCUAUGGAAAUGUCUAGAAUAUUUGAAAUAUGACUGGGGCAAGAGGAAAUUGGGCAUAGAGAGUAUUGAGUCUAUGUCGAUGUACAAGGACUUUUGUAAAGCGUACAAAACUGAAGUAUUACUGCCAGUGUUACAGAGUGUUGCUAGGCGGCUGGGUCAAGGUGAAAUGUAUGAGGGCAUUGCCUUGGAUACUGACCCUCUUGUCAUGCCUCGGGGAGCAUCAGAGAUUGAAGUCAGAGCUAAACAGCUUGUGAAACUGUUUGAGAAUUUGGAAUGCCACAUGAUCAUGGAACUGAGAAAGAAGAUGGCAAGAGAGUUGACCCUGGUGUUAGCAGAGAGGGGUAGGAUAGAGGAAACAGCAUUACCAACAGAUCUCUGGAAGAGACCUGUGAUGAAGGAGAGCUUCACUAUUGCCAAGCCACAUGUAACUGAAGCAUUCUAUGAGAAGUUGAUGUCUCAGUGUGAGGAGAAGGAUGAUCAGGUUGUCUUCUCGAGGAAACACCUCAACUCGUGCGUGGCUGAUCUUACACGUGCAGUGAUGGGCAGAGAGAAGAGUAACUUUGAGAGUUACACUAUGUACUAUGAAAACCUUCUGAGAGCCUUACAUCAGAACAUCUAUCAGAAAGAACAGGAGGUAAAGCAAAUGAAAGAGCAAAUAAAAACUAGCCAGCAGAAUGUGAUGGUUGAAGUUCAGUGUCAGUUGGCAAACCAAGGUCACGACCUUAUCAUGGAAAUCACUGCCCUACGUGCCAAGGUAGCAGAAAUGCGGGAAAUGAGUUUCAAACAGCAGACAGAGAUUCGAGAACGUGUGCGACAGGAGUAUGAUGAACUGAUACAGAACCUGUUCAACUCUACAUUCUCUUUGAAAAACAAGUUUGAUGAGUUCAGAAAUGAGCUUCACGAUGAUGUGUUUGAAAAAAUCGGAGAGUCUAGAAGAGAAGCAUUUAAAAAUAUGAGCACAGUUAGAGAGAAGUUUGGAAGUACCCAGGAAGAAUCAGCAGCUGAUCGCACUCUGGCAAAAUCUGAGACAUUACGGGAACUGAAGCACGAGAAUCACGUGCUGAAUACUCUCAUACUGAAAAUGAAAGCCAUGAAGACCUGGAGACAGAAUCAUGAUAGUGUCAACUUUGUAAAGAGUAUUCGGGAGCUGAAGAAUGAGUCUGAGAACAACAAGAAGAUAUGUGAGGGGAUGAGAAUGGAGGCGGAGGAACAGAUUAUCUUGUUACGACAGCAGAUUGUUGCACUGAGGAAAGCCCUCACUGAUGCUCAGAAAGAGGCUAAUGAUGUUAAGAAACACCUUGAUAAAGAACUGAAGGAGAAACUGGAAAAGACGCAUGAAGCGAUGCAGAAAGCCAGGAGUCAAAGACAGUUAGAACAGGCUAAACAGGCCAAUAUAGAAAAGCUGCUUGAAGAGUUACAGGACAAGGAGAACCAGUUACAGUACCUGUCCGAGGAGAAAGAUCGCAACUUGAAGCAGCACAGCGCUUAUCAUGAUAAAAUAAAGAAAGAUAUUGAAAUGACUCGCAAACAGUUGUUGCAUGAACGCAACAUGAAACUUGAUGCAUUCCAGAGAGUAGACAGUCUGCAAGCUGCGGUAUAUGAUUAUGAGUCAUGUGUCAGUAGAACCCAGUCUGCAUUUACUCCAGCAACACCUUCAACUGGAAAGAGGUCACGAGCCCAGUCAGCUCACAAGAGUCACCCAAACAGUCGUGGUACCCCAUCAUCUGGUCUAUUCCCACCAGCAAUUAUAUGGCCUAACAAUAGAACCCUCACACCAGAUAUGGGAGGCCUUAAUAAUGAGCCAACCAAGAAAAUACAGAGACCAAAAACCGUUGGUGGCCGGUUAAGGAGUCGUAUAGCAGAGCAAUUAAUGAAUGAGCUGGAAUUUGAUCAUCAUCAAACAGUGGAGCAGCUUGAAGUUCUUGCUAUAGAAGGGGGGAAACCAAACAUGAACUACUGAAUUUUGAGGAGGGAAACCAGACAUGAACUAUUGAAUUAAGAGGUGGUGGGGUAUUGGAGGGAAAACCACGUUAACUAUUGAAUUAAGAGGGGAUGGGGUGGGAGGGAAAACCAUAUAUGAACUGCUGAGUGGAGAGAGAUGGGAGGGCUUCUAAAUGAAAAAAGCAGAGGAAUGUACUGCAGUUCUUAUUUAUGAAGGGGAAAACCAAAUGCAGAGUUUUUUUUUGUUUUGUUUUUUUGUUGUUUUUUUUUUAAAUUGGUGCAAAUAAGAAUUGACAUGCUGUGAGCCUCCUUCAUUGUUCAUUCUGUUUACAGUGUUUGUGCCAGCCUUAGAUCUUCAAUAUAAUUAUUUUUAUGGUGUUUUUUACCAUAUAGUCAAUAGUCAGUAAAAUAAAAACGACCAGGGAAGCUGACCUAAGUGGGACAAGUUGCAUAGUUUAUGCCCAUUCUGUUUUUUGUUUUUUCACUUUUAAAUUAGGUUCAUUUUUAUGUUAAGUCUGCUAAAUUUUAGACAUUCAUAAUUAAUUGAUAGCAUUAUGUUACUUUUAAAGAAACCCAUCAUGAAUUCUUGUGAUAGAUAGAUUAUAUAUAUCAGCAUUAUAUGCUAAUAAUGUGAUAAACCACAUGAUUGUGAUACACCACAAUAUACUGAUGUGUUACCAUCAAACGAUAAGUAUGUGAUACACAACAUGACAAUGUGAUAUGCCUCUGGAUAUGAUAUAAAACACAGCAUAAUGAUGUGAUACCACCACACAAAAAUGGAAUACACCGCAGGGGUGUGAUAAACCAUGGGAUAACAAUGUGAUACAUCACUGGAUACUGAUGAAGCAGAUGAUAACGAUAAACUACAAAUUAAUGUGAUACUCCACAGGAAAAUGAUAAACCACAGGAUAAUAAUGUGAUAAACCACACAAUAUACUGAUAAACCAGUUGAUAAUGAUAUACUAUAAAAUAAGAUGAUACUCCACAGGAAAAUGAUAAACUACAAAAAAAUAAUGUGAUACACCACAGGAUACUGAUAAACUAGAUGGUAAUAAUGUGUUCAACCCAGGAAAGUGAUAAACCAUUGGAUAAUGAUAUGAAACACCUCAGGAUAAUGAUAAACCAUAGGCUAAUCAUGUGUACACCUCGGUAUAAUGAUAAACAAUAGGAUAGUAAAGUGUACAUCACAGGAUAAAUGAUAAACCAUGGGAUAAUAAUCUACACCAUAGGAUAAUGAUAAACUUUGUGAUAAUAAUGUGAGAAACCAGAGGGUAAUGAUAAACCACAGGAUAAUAAUGUGAUACACCACAAGAUAUUGUGAUAAACCUCAGAACAGUGAUAACCCUAAAAAAUUGUAUUUUUACUGCUUGCCUGCUUGUAUGGUUUAUUCUUUAAUCAGCAUUUAGACAUAUGUUUACCUUUAGUAGUUGCUUUUUAUCAGGUUAUUAACUGUUUGAUAGUCUGAGCAUCCUGUAACAACCAAGUGCUGUUGUGUAAUAGUUUCUACAUAUACUGCUCUUAGAUAUAACAUAAAAUAUUCGAGUUUUAAGGAAAAUUUACAAAUUUAUGGAAAAGCAUUUAUUGGACUGUGAUAUCUAUAUACGUGUUGUUUUUAUUUGUACAUAUUUCCCUUCCAACAAGUUCAGUUGUCUGCAUUAAAUGCUUAUUGGUGUAUUUUUAGGUUGUAAGUGUACAAUAUAUAUAUAUAUAUAUAUGUGAGAAUCUCCCCGCACCUUUCACAAUGAUGUUAAAAGUGCAUUUAAUCAACAAUAUAAACCCACAGAACAUCAAGUAUAUAGUUUCUUUUGUUAUUUUAAAGUGUAUUUGUGUUAUUUUAGUGUAGAUAUUUUAUGUUUAUCUGAUAUUGGACUGGUAAAUGAUCUUGUUUUGUUGGUUUUUUUGUAAAUUAUUUAUAUAUCUGUAUCCAUAGUGUGCCAAUAACUUCAGAAUGGAACCAUAUUUAAUUUAUCAGAAAAUGAUUUUCAUCACUUUUUGUAUCGUUUUUUUUUACCAUCAAAUAAUUUCUGAUUUAUACAUGUACAUAUACAUAAACUAUAUCUGCUUUAUGAGUAAGGACUGAACUAAUGCUUAAAAAUGCUGAAUGGGUGUAUGUGUCAUUGCAUACAUAAGUUUAUCAGUUUUGAUGUGGAAAUAUCCCUUACACUCUGUUAAAAUUAAACAGUGUCUGAAACUUACAGUGUCUAAAACUUACAGUGUCAAAAACGUACAGUGUCUAAAACUUAUUAUGUUUGUAGUUGUCUCAAGCAACCACAUGCCUUAUGCAGUCAGAUUGUGUUGUUCCCUUUGCUAGCUUUUUAGUACAUGUUUGUCUGCAUAUACUUUCAAUGCUCUCCUAUAAAGAGGAGGAGGCCUGAGGAAGGGUAUGAUUUUUAAACACCUUUAUCCUGCUGGCAGCAAGUGAUUUUGCUUUUGAGACCAGUGCUGACCAAGAUCAGCACUGCACGUCUGUGCACAUGUCCAGCAUGAUAAGGGUUAAGAUACAUGUAUAUUAUUCCGUCCUUCACUGAAAUUUUUAAUGCCUGUGUUUGUUCAUUGUUUUGUUUAUAGAACAUUUACCAUGUUUAUUUGACUGCUGAAUUAUAUUGAAAUAGUUUUCUGUAGAAUUUUAUUUCUAUUUGAAAGGAUAUUUAAUAAACAGUGCAAAAGAAA